CUACGACUCCAUCACCUUGAUUGUUCUUGAUCUACUCCCGGGCUCCUUUUAAUCUCUGCAACGCCUGCUCUGGAAUCCACUUCUUUCUUUCUUUCUUCUCUUCCAUUCUUUUCUCUUGUCUCUAUCCUUGUCUGUCUGUCUGUCUUCCUCGGGUUGGAUUCAGUUCGUCUUCUGUCCUUAGACCUGUUCCUUCCUUUGCGACCAGCGGUCCCUUGCAGAGUAACACCUUCAUUACUACUACACUACACCCCCAGCGAGCCCCCGGGUAGUACAUCCAGUUCGCGUUACUAUACUACUUCAAACCACACAUCAAUCUCCGCCGAUAAUUCAUCAUGUCUUUGAUUCACGCCGACAACUUGGCUCCCCAGCCAAUCACUGAUAUCUUCACCGAUGACACCUGCAUCGACCGCCGCAAGUGCCACCGCACCGUGCCCAUGAAGGUGCUGGCUCUGGGUGUGGGGAGAACUGGAACUGCUUCCCUCCGCAUUGCCCUCGAACGUCUGGGCUACGUCAAGACCUACCACAUGAUGUCCGCCAGUAUGGAGAACCCUCCCGACUGCCUGAUGUGGCACGAUGCUCUCGCUGCCAAGUACGACGGUGUCGGCGAGUUCGGUAGAAAGGAAUGGGACCAGCUUCUGGGAGACUGCCAGGCCGUCUGUGACUGGCCUGCCUGUGCCUUUGCCAAGGAGCUGAUCGAGGCCUACCCCAACGCCAAGGUCAUUCUGACCACCCGUGAGGUUGAGUCGUGGCAUGCUUCCGUCAUGAAGACCGUUUGGUGGCGCGUCUCCGACCCUGAGCACAAGUUCGUUUCGAACUUCAGCUGGGCCGCUAGCAUGUACUACCCCAUGCUCAACAAGUUCUUCCAGACCUUCUUCCGCGGCGACUUCCCCAACAAGGGCAAGCAGGUCUACCUUGACCACGUCGAGGAGGUCCGCAGCCUGGUUCCUCCCGAGAGGCUCCUCGAGUACAAGAUCGGCGAGGGCUGGGGCCCGCUUUGCGAGUUCCUGGGCGAGGAGGUCCCCGACACUCCUUUCCCCCGCGGUAACGACAUGGCCGACUUCUUCAAGCGCUGCCGCGGCCGCAACAGGCGCCAGAUGCUGAACGCCGCUCUGCAGGCUGUCACCAUGGGUGGUGCUCUGCUGGCGACCGGCUUGGUUGCUACCAUGGCCUUCAAGCGUUUCUCUCGGUAGAUGCGCUUGCUUGCUGCCUGAUUUGCUGGAUUUCCUUUCGUUUUUUCCCUUUGCAGCAUGCGCUGGGCGCCAAUGCUGGGGAUCUUUGCUCUAUUUCCCCUAAUUAUUCCCAAAAUUGCUUUUCUCUUGUUGAUAUAUACCGAUGAGCGUACCACCUUCUCAGGGGUAUUUGUUGCUAAUACUGUGCACUGAUGUUCUGCUAUUUCCCUUGGCUCUUGGCUGGGUUUUUCGCUCUAUGGCUUACAGUGGGGGGGAUUUUCUUGGCUAUGUUGGUUAGACUUAUUGCGCAGGGAUCGGUCUUGGAUUCUUGUUGCCUGGCGUGGAUGGAGUCGACGAGAGAUGAAUAUAGAUUAUUU